AUGGCCAGCCUUGUGGUGCUCGAGCGCCAUUUGUGGCUGACGCUGACAGAGAUUAAGGACGCGGAUAAGAUCCCCUUCCUCGAUGCUCCAGUCUCUCCCAAAGACCUUUUCGGCUCAGCGGUCGAAGGAUUCGUUGAGAGCUUCACGGAGCUCGCCCUAAGUCUGCGCCCACUCAGCAGCCCACGAAACCAGCACCUGUCACCGCUGUUCAGCCUGCUAAAGCGCAGCAGACGCGGGGACGCUCUCGGUCGGCCAAAUGCUACACCAGGGACCCCGACCCAAGAUUGUGUUGGACCCGGUGCCUCAGGCGUCAUCCUGAUCUGCGAGACAGGAAGAGGACGGGUCUGCUCCUCUGAUGCAGAUAUUGUUCAGGAGGAUAAUGUAAAAUUAGGUCAAGCCGGAGAAGAUGUGAACCUCGCUUGCACCUUUUCAAAGCUUCUGCAAACGACAACAGCGUGGUUUAAACAGACGGCUGAUAGAAAAAACGUACAAAUUGUAUCUUUAUAUUUAAAUCAACAACCCAGUUGGAAUGAGGACUUUGAUAAAACAAAUCGGUUUAAUGUUAUUAAAGGAGAUGAUCAUUUUAAUCUGACCAUUUUAAAGACAAAACCUUCAGACUCAGCAACAUAUUACUGUGUAGUUUCAUCAUAUUACACCAUUGGAAUGGGUGCAGGAACCAGAUUACUUGUCAAAGCUGUGGACAGACACAUUAUUCUUCAGCAGUCUUCGAUAGACAAGCUUCAUCCAGGGGAUUCUGUGAGUUUGCAGUGCAGCAUCUUCACUGAGAACUGUGCAGGAGAACACAGUGUCUACUGGUUCAGGCAAAGCUUGGGAGAAUCUCAAGGAGUCCUUUACACCAAAGGAGAAAGAAAUGGUCAGUGUGAGAACAGCACUGAGUCUCAAACACAGAGCUGUGUCUACAAUCUCUUCAAGAGCAACAUCAGUCACUCUGAUGCUGGGAUUUACUACUGUGCUGUGGCCGUGUGUGGAGAGAUACUGUUUGGAAAAGGAACUGAACUCAAUUUUAGAGAGAGUGUCGAUGUGAAUCCAACCGUGCUUGUUCUUGGAGUUUUAAACAUCAUAUUUUUGACUUUAGCUGUUUUUCUGGCCAUAAAACCAUGUCAGGAUCCAAAUAAAACUCUACGCACCACCAAGGCCACCGCCCAGGCGAUCGGGAGAUCGAUGGCCAGCCUUGUGGUGCUCGAGCGCCAUUUGUGGCUGACGCUGACAGAGAUUAAGGACGCGGAUAAGAUCCCCUUCCUCGAUGCUCCAGUCUCUCCCAAAGACCUUUUCGGCUCAGCGGUUGAAGGAUUCGCUGAGAGCUUCACGGAGCUCGCCCUAAGUCUGCGCCCACUCAGCAGCCCACGAAACCAGCACCUGUCACCGCUGUUCAGCCUGCUAAAGCGCAGCAGACGCGGGGACGCUCUCGGUCGGCCAAAUGCUACACCAGGGACCCCGACCCAAGAUUGUGUUGGACCCGGUGCCUCAGGCGUCAUCCUGAUCUGCGAGACAGGAAGAGGACGGGGUCAGAUCUCGCUACAACCGGACUGCCCCUCAAGCAGCCUCUCUUACACCUCUUGA